GUCAGGCAGGAAUGGGACGCCCUCUUUGGAGUGAGGACCUCUGGGUCCUUCGUUCUGGAGCGGGCUCGGAAAGAGGGAGAGAGUGGCCGAGAUGAACCUGGAGCUGCUCGAAUCCUUUGGGCAGAAUUAUCCAGAGGAAGCUGAUGGCACAUUGGACUGUAUUAGUAUGGCCCUUACCUGUACUUUUAACAGGUGGGGCACUCUUCUAGCAGUGGGAUGUAAUGAUGGACGAAUUGUCAUCUGGGACUUCUUGACCAGAGGCAUAGCAAAAAUCAUAAGUGCCCACAUCCAUCCAGUCUGUUCAUUAUGUUGGAGUCGAGAUGGUCACAAAUUGGUGAGUGCAUCAACUGAUAAUAUGGUAUCUCAGUGGGAUGUUCUGACUGGUGACUGUGACCAGAGGUUUCGGUUUCCUUCCCCUAUCCUAAAGGUCCAGUACCAUCCCCGAGAUCAGAACAGGGUGUUGGUAUGUCCAAUGAAGUCAGCUCCAGUCAUGCUAACAUUGUCUGAUUCAAAACAUGUCAUCCUGCCAGUGGAUGAUGAUUCUGAUCUAAAUGUGGUGGCUUCUUUUGACCGGCGAGGAGAAUAUAUUUAUACAGGAAAUGCCAAAGGGAAGAUUUUGGUCUUAAAGACGGACACUCAGGACCUUGUUGCCUCUUUCAGAGUAACCACAGGCACCAGCAACACUACGGCCAUUAAAUCCAUAGAAUUUGCACGGAAAGGAAGUUGCUUUCUAAUAAAUACAGCUGAUCGAAUAAUCAGAGUCUAUGAUGGUCGGGAAAUUUUGACCUGUGGUAGAGAUGGAGAACCAGAGCCAAUGCAGAAACUUCAGGACUUAGUGAACAGAACACCUUGGAAGAAAUGCUGUUUCUCUGGUGAUGGGGAAUAUAUUGUUGCAGGAUCAGCACGUCAGCAUGCUUUAUACAUCUGGGAGAAGAGCAUUGGAAACCUAGUGAAAAUCCUUCAUGGCACUAGAGGGGAGCUGUUGUUGGAUGUAGCAUGGCAUCCUGUCCGACCUAUCAUUGCUUCCAUUUCCAGUGGCGUGGUAUCCAUUUGGGCUCAAAAUCAAGUGGAAAACUGGAGUGCCUUCGCUCCUGAUUUUAAGGAACUGGAUGAAAAUGUAGAGUAUGAAGAGCGGGAAUCUGAGUUUGAUAUAGAAGAUGAAGAUAAGAGUGAACCAGAACAGACAGGUGCUGAUGCAGCAGAGGAUGAGGAAGUGGAUGUAACCAGUGUAGACCCCAUAGCUGCUUUCUGUAGCAGUGAUGAAGAACUGGAAGACUCCAAAGCUUUGUUGUAUUUGCCUAUUGCUCCUGAAGUGGAAGACCCAGAAGAAAACCCUUAUGGCCCUCCACCAGAUGCAGUUCAGACUGCCAUACCUGAUGAGGGAAUAGGCUCUGAAAAGAAGAGACAGUCACUGUCUGAUGGACCUCAGCCACCAAAGAAGAAACCCAAAACAACCAAUAUAGAACUACAGGGAGUACCUAAUGAUGAAGUCCAUCCGCUGCUGGGUGUGAAGGGAGAUGGUAAAUCCAAGAAGAAGCAAGCAGGCAGGCCUAAAGGAUCAAAAGGUAAAGAGAAAGAUUCUCCAUUUAAACCGAAACUCUACAAAGGGGACAGAGGUUCUUUACCUCUGGAAGGAGCAGCGAAGGGUAAAGUGCAGGCGGAGCUGGGACAGCCCUUGCCAGCAGGUGGUGGGAUCUCAGAACUCUUAUGAAGACAUCCUCUACCCUACCUACCUUUUCAUUUUUUGUCUUGGUACCAUAAUGUGGAUUAAAAUCAAGAUGGUCUGUCAUAAUAGUGAACUGACCUUAAGUUAAUAUGGUAGGGACAAGGAACCAUGCUGCCUAUGGAUACAGGGAACGACUUUUUUUAAAAAAGAUGCAAAUUGUGGAAGAGGAAAAUUUGCUCCCUCUGAACCUCUCCUCUUGCUAACCAUGAAAGAAGGUGCUGACUCUCAGGAAAGAAGGUUUGUAUAGAACCUGGUGGAACUGCUUUCAGCUUGAAGCUUCCUAAUUGUAAAGAGUCCCAACACAGGACAAGGAAAUCACUAUGCUGUCUUUCAUUAUGUUUCUUUUACAUAAUCUGUAUGAAGAAGAUUAAUCCAGAUAUUUUGUUUCCACAAAUACCUGUCACAGUGCUGUGGAUCCUGAGUACAUUUCUACCGUGUUGUCGCUAAUUGAAGUGGAUUAUUGCGUGCCUCAUUAUUUUAUCUGUUACACACUCUGGCUUGCAGUAGUUGGUAGAUAUGCUGUUAAUGCUGAGAUUCCCUUUGUAUAACUUUGAAGGGGGAUUGCCUUCCAAGUUGCCCUUCCAUUUGUAUGCAUUUGGAAUAGACAGUUGGGAUCAAGAAGCCUGCAGAGAAUGACCAGAUUACACAAGGGUUUUUCAGGGAAUGGGUAUUCACUGCAAGAACUGAGGAGUGGGGGAGAGAGUGAUAAGCAGCCAUAAAUCUAGAUAGAGCAGGGAGGGCCUUGGAUGUGGCAUGCAGCCAAAGCACAAGUGACUUGUACUUUUCACCAUGCUUUUUGCAUCUCAUGCACACCAUAGAAAUGAACACAUCUCCUAUAGGGAGAUGCUUGGUCACCUCACACUUUGAGAUCUAUCUACAAGAGAUAAGAGUACCUCUAGAGUGCAGAUGAGACAUUGAAGCAUGGCCAUAGAAGGUACGAGUUACCCUUUUCUUGUGCAUUUGACUUCUAUCACUUGGCCUAUGCAAGAAAGCACUGGCCUAUGCAUCUUCAUUUUCUGCUGUUUGUUGUUUCGUACAAAGUUGUAGCCAUUUCCUAAUUUGUGAAAAUAAUUUCCCCUUCAGAAUAGAAGAGUAAAAGCUCCUUUCCCCAGGUGUAGAAAAUAAUCUAACAAAAUCCAGAAAAAUUUCUUCCUUAAGAGCUCCCAAGGGCUAGAGGAGGUUUAAAUGUUGAAGAAUGGGUACUUAAUUUCCAGCUGCAAAUAAGUGUUUUAAUUCUAGUGCUUUUCCUUUCUGCAUGUUGUGCCUCAAGGCCUCUCUUCCUCCACUGAAACCUAACAUUAUAAAUUUAAUGAUAUCCCCAACUUCAGCCUGCCUUGAUCUAGUCCUGCCACCCACAGUCUGACAAUUCACCCAAAGACCUGAAGGCUGCUGUUCUACAGGGGGAGGGAGAUGGACUCCAGCCUUCUUCCACAAGAUUCUCCACCUCAUUUUCCAUGGUUUAUUUUCUUACACAUUUUAAAAAUUAUUUAGAUAAUGCAAUAUUUUGUACAAAAACCAUACAGAUGACCAUUGCCUGCUAGUUAUUUGUAAAGUGGUGCUGUGAUGUUAGCUUCUGUGUUUGUAAAUAAAGAGGUAUGUUUUAUUUCUUAAA